CGUCGCAUUGCAUCGCAUGUUUAUUCAGGGUGCUUACUGCGCAACAAUUUAUAAAUGCAUUCUAGUGUAUGGCAAGUGGAUUAAAUAUUCUCUACUGCACCACGAACUCCUUCCAGAACAGUGAACUGUGAUUUUUAAACUAUAGCCACAUGUAAGCUUUAGUGACACAAAGCACCGCAGGAGACGCAGAGUCAGCGUUUGACAGAAGCAUGGCUGAGCCCGGGACGUGCGCACCUCGCAUAAAUCACAGCGCGUCUUUAGCUGGAGAAAAGAGGCUAUAUUUGACUCGGACUGGUGAGGCUGAAUGAAAAGACGAUGGACAGCCGGACCGAGAACCCGACGAAGGCAGCGGGCUUUCUGAAGGAGCUGAAUAAGAUCAUAGAGACCCAGCAGACGCUGCUGGAGCGGCAGAAGAGGCGCAUCUUUGAGCUGGAGCAGCAUGUGUCCGAGCUGCGCGCAGAGAACAGCCGCCUGAGACACGAGCACCAGCGGCAUCUGCUCAGCUGCAGACUGCGCUCCAUCCAGGAGAACAGCAGCCCGCUGCAGCAGUCAGAAUAUGGCAGAACAAGAAUCGUUAGAAGACAUGCCUCUCUUCCUGUGGAAACGACAGACCGUUCCAGCAGCAUCCGAUCGGCCGUGUGGAGGAGACCUGUGCCAUGCCGACAGUGGAAGUCUGUAUCCUUCGGUGUGGAGGGGAAUGUUCAAAACAGUGAGGCCGGCCCUUCCUUGGACACCAGCACAGGAUAUGGCCAUGGCCGAGGCCCUGUCACACACAGUUCUUCCUUGAGUCCAGAACAGUUUGAAAGCCCAGUGUACGGUCAUAGUGUCCAGCCAGGCCCACAGCGCCCUCAGCGGCCAAAACUACAGCACUCUCAGUCCAUCCUCCGCAAGCAGGCAGAGGAGGAGGCCAUCAAGCGCUCGCGCUCCCUCUCUGAGAGCUAUGAGCUCUCCACAGACCUGCAGGACAAGAAGGUGGAAAUGCUUGAGCGGAAAUACGGAGGCCGUUUCAUAACCCGCCAUGCAGCGCGCACCAUCCAGACAGCUUUCCGCCAACACCAGAUGAACAAGAACUUUCAGCGUCUCAGGAGCUCGAUGUCGGAGAACCGCAUGACCCGCAGGAUCCUUCUGUCCAACAUGAGGAUGCAGUUUUCCUUUGAGGGGCCUGAGAAAGCUCAUGGAUCUGUUUUGUUGGGGAGGCAAAUGUCUCUCCUGGAUGAUGUCAGCCAAGAAGGAGGCAUGGUGCAGGCCACAGAGAUGGUCCCUGUCAUUUUGGAAGCCCCAGAAACUCAAAACGACUUGACAGACACAAUCACACAGCUUGAGGACACUUUCUCCAGGCAAGUGAAGUCACUGGCGGAGUCGAUCGACGAUGCACUGAACUGCCGUAGUCUGCACAGAGAGGAGACGCAGCCCGAGCAAGUGGUUUGUCAGGAGAACAAGCAUCAGGAUGAUGAGGUCUGUGACGUGACACUCUUCAUCGAUGAAGAGGAGCUCUCUCCGCUGGUCCAGCCGUCCACGGACUCCAGGGAUGAGAAGCUGGACAUGGACACUCCUUCCCUCGAGCGCCAGGGACCAGGCUUACCCCUGCUGACUGUUGAGCCUCCCAGCGACAGAGCAGCAGAUACAAGCCACCAGUCCAAGCAAGAUCUGGUCCAGCCGCUAAACAUUUACCAACGCACCGCAGCCGGACCCCGUCCCAAACAAGGGCUACCUCCUAGAGUCCCCUCGCUCUCUGGAGACGAAGAGCCGCUUCGUCACCGGCAGCUGGAGAGCCACCUGGCCACCAACGGCAAGCGACAGAGCAAGUCUGAGUCUGACUUCUCAGACGGAGACAAUGACAGCAUCAACAGCAAUUCAAACUCCAUUGACACGAUAAACUCAGAAAUGUCAUCCAGAGACGAACAAAGUUUCAUCAAACAGACGUACCACAAAGACACUCACAACAGCUGGGACUCUCCGGCCUUCAGCAGCGAUAUCAUGCGCAAGAGACGAUACCGCAUCGGCCUCAACCUCUUCAAUAAAAAGCCAGAGAAGGGCAUCCAGUACCUGACGGAGAGGGGCUUUAUUCCGGACACUCCUGUGGGUGUGGCCCACUUCCUGCUGCAGAGGAAAGGCUUGAGUAGACAAAUGAUUGGAGAAUUUCUUGGGAACAGACAGAAACAGUUCAACAGGGAUGUUUUAGACUGUGUGGUGGAUGAGCUGGAUUUCUCAGUGAUGGAGCUGGAUGAAGCUCUGCGGAAAUUCCAGGCUCAAAUCCAGGUUCAGGGCGAGGCACAGAAAGUGGAGCGCCUGAUCGAGGCUUUCAGCCAGCGCUACUGCAUCUGUAACCCUGAUGUGGUCUGUCAGUUCAGAAACCCUGACACCAUCUUCAUCUUGGCUUUCGCCAUCAUCCUCCUCAACACAGACAUGUACAGCCCCAAUGUCAAGCCAGAACGCAAGAUGAAGCUUGAGGACUUCGUCAAAAAUCUGCGAGGGGUUGAUGAUGGUGAGGACAUCCCUCGGGAGAUGCUGGUCGGGAUUUACGAGCGGAUCCAGAAGAAGGAGCUCAAAACCAAUGAGGACCAUGUGUCUCAGGUGCAGAAGGUGGAGAAACUCAUUGUGGGCAAGAAGCAAAUGGGAUCACUUCACCAUGGCCUUGGAUGUGUGCUGUCUCAGGCUCAUCGCAGGCUGGUGUGUUACUGCAGACUGUUCGAGGUCCCAGAUCCCAACAGACUGCAGAAACUGGGGCAGCACCAGCGGGAGAUCUUCCUGUUUAAUGACCUUCUGGUGGUUACCAAGAUCUUCCAGAAGAAGAAAAACUCAGUGACGUAUAGUUUCAGGCAGUCUUUCUCUCUGUACGGGAUGCAAGUCAUGCUCUUUGAGAACCAGUUCUAUCCGAAUGGUAUCCGGCUGACUUCAGCCAUUCCUGGUGCAGACUUCAAAGUCCUGAUCAAUUUGAAUGCUCCAAACUCUCAGGACCGCAAGAAAUUCACCAGCGACCUGCGAGAGUCCAUCGCUGAGGUCCAGGAAAUGGAAAAGUACCGGAUAGAGUCUGAGCUAGAGAAACAGAAAGGAGUGGUCAGACCCAGUAUGUCUCAGAGCAUGUCGGGCCUAAAGAAGGAGAGCGGAAACAGCACCAUGGGCCGCACUAGUCUGGAUGACACGUACACCAUGGGGGAGGGGCUAAAGCGGAGCGCGCUCAGUAGCUCCCUGCGUGACCUUUCUGAAGCAGGGGCUUUCACUUGUAUCUGUUAGAUGGCCGAUGAACCUCAUGCAUACAAACACAGAGUGCUCUCCUUUAAUCAAAUGCUUGGUGUCCCUGCAAGUCU